AUGGAUGGGCCCGUUCAGGAGAAUGUUAAAACUAGUAAAACAUCGUCGAAACGGAGUGUGAACAGGUUAACCGCCCAGCGAGCUGAAAGCACGGCGCUGGAUUUGUUUGGCUGGCGGCUGCAGGGCGCACGCCGCCCGGGCUCACCGAGGCGGACUGCGGGGGAGACGGACUUGGUGCAAAUGGAAGAGGAUUUAACUGUGAAAUUUAACCCGGGACAGCCUGGACAAAGUGUCUGCAGCAUGAAAACAAAGUGGAACUAUACUGCGCUUAUCGUUGUUUUCACCGGAUCAGCCGCAUUCGCAGACAUGGCAACUUGCACGCGGACUGUGUGGAAAGUUUUAGCAGGAUGUCAGAGGCAGCUGCUGAGGGCCGGUGGUCCCACCUACAAAGGCCCCUCACAGAGGAAUCUACCUGUCAGGACUUUUGCUGCUGUUAAGGCACAAAAGAAAGGAAACAAAGACGACACAGAGAAGGAGGUGAAGGAAAAGAGGGUAAUUGAUGACAAAAACAGACAUAAGCCUUAUGGCAAAACGGCGUGGGUGCCGAUGGAUGACGUGUACAUUAUGAGGUACUAUCCCAGGACAAUCUACGACGCAGCAGAUGCCAUCGACAUGCUGAAGAACUUUCAAGUGUUGGACUUCACUCCCCACAAGCAGCCUGUUUACAUCGAUCUGAGGCUAGACAUGAAACUGGAGAAAAAGAAAAAAGUGGACCCCUUCAUCAGCACGGUUCAGUUACCGCACCCCUUCAAGACAGGGAUGAACAAAGUUUUAGUUUUUACUGAGGAUGCUAAUCAAGCUAACGUUGCGAAGGAGAAUGGAGCUGUGUUUGUUGGAGGGACGGAGCUCAUACAACCGAUCUUAGAUGACAAGAUUUCAGCAGACUUCUAUGUGGCCGUGCCAGAUAUACUGUCGAAGCUCGUACCACUGAAAAACAAACUGAGGAAGAAGUAUCCAAAGAGCAAGAGAGGCUCAGUCAGCAUUCACAUUCCCAAGAUGUUGGAGUUGUUUAAAACAGGCCAUGAGUACAGUGUGGAGAGCGACUGCUAUGUCAGGACCCAGAUAGCCACCCUCGACAUGCCCAGAGAACACAUCUUUGCCAACCUACAAACUGUCCUGAUUGAUGUCUGCUCCCACCGACCAGCCGAUAUGGGACCCUUCAUCGAGCGGGCAAUCAUCGCCAGUCACACCAGUGAAGCUCUGUGGUUCAAGAGUGAAGACGUUCUACCGCAAAGAGCAGAGGAGGAGGAAUGACCUGUUUCAGAUUGUAUAUGUUCACUGUAUUAAAUAAAGUGUUUGUUUUGUUCUGACUUUGGCUCCUGAGCGUCGUUACCUGUUGUUUAAAUAAAUCCCAGCAGAGUAAAAGAAGGACAGAAGAUACAAGGAAAGAAAAGUGACUUGUAUUAGUAAUCACCCACUACAGCCCAUAAAUCAGUUG